AUGCUAAGGUGUCGACUGCAGGAGUUCACGGUCCCUCUUCUCGCCCUCGUCUUUGAAGGGAGAAUGAGAGUGGAGGCAUAUUCCACAAGGUUCAUGGAAUCCAUGCAGGAGAAGAUGGAGAAGAUUCUCAGUGAGAAACUAGCUGUCUUACAGAGCAAAAAGGAAUUGGCCAACUUUGAUAAUUGUCCCGCACCUCUGGAGGAACUGACUGACUCACGACCUUCCCUCCUGAAAUAUUCUGAAAAUACUUCUGCUCUGCAGGGGUCUCUGGAGAACAUGCAGGCACUUUCAGAGCUUUACAAAAUACAGCGCUACAAAGUGGAUGUGACCCUGGAUGCUGACACGGCCCACCCUAGAUUGGAAAUCUCAGAUGAUGGGAAGAGUGUGAAAGAUACUGGCACCAUCAGAAAGGUUCCCAGGAGUGAGAAGAGAUUUGAUUCCCACAUUUUUGUGUUGGCAAAGGAAGGAUACACAUCUGGGAGACACUACUGGCAAGUGGAUGUUGGCAAGAGAAGAAGCUGGGUCUUGGGCAUUGCCCAGGAAUCCGUGACUCGCAAAGGGACUGUGACUCUGACCCCUAAGAAUGGCUUCUGGGUCAUGGGGUUUGCAAACGGGCGAGAGUAUUGGGCCCACACAGACCCCUGGACCCGUUUGAGCGUGAGUGGGAAGCUGCAAAAGGUUGGGAUCUUCCUGGACAUCUCAGCCAAGAAGAUGACGUUUUACAACAUUCAUAAGAAAACAGCUCUGUACACUUUUACCAUUUCUGAUGGCGGCAGCCAGGAAGGGAAACUCUUUCCCUUCUUCUCAACAGGCCCUGCUAAUGCUAAGCCUGACACUGAGCCUCUGAAAAUAGUGCAGGGGUUUGAUGAUGAGUAG